GACGCCGUUGCGGUUUAUCUUCUGCUCAGGGCCGUCCGCGCGCGCGAGCCGUGCGGGGCCUGGGGACGCCCAUGGCGGCCGUCGCUGGCGUGGCCCCCGCCUACCGCGCGGCGGGCAUGGGGCUGCAGGAGGUCCCGAGCCUGGAGCUGUGGUCGAAGCGCGGCUCCGAGAAGGACUGGUGCCCAGAGGGGCACGAGCUGAAGGGACAGCUUGCCUGCGACUCCGGCUACUGCGACAAGUGUCACCGCGAGGUCAAGCAGGGCGAGCGCAUCUUCGAGUGCAAGACCUGCGACUGGUGGAUGUGCUACGAGCCCUGCUACGGCCAGGCCAUGGUGGACUCCCUGCUGCCCCUGGGGCAGGCCCUGGCCUCGGCUGGAACGGGCCGCAGCGCCGCGUCCGAGCCGAGCCGAGCCGCCGAGCAGCGGGGGACUCAGGCACCCAGCGAGGGCGGUGGCCGCGGGCAGCCGGCAUCCCUGGGGAAGGCGGGCUCCGUCCCGCGGGCGGACAGCGCGGCUGCACUGGCGCCCACCACCAUGCCGUGGGCGGGGCUUGUGGCGCCGGCAGCGAAGGCGCAGGCGCCCCAGCGGGCCGGGAGGUGGCGGCUAGGCGGGCCCCCUGCGCCGAGGGCUCCGCCGACGACGACCGCCGCGGGCCGGCGUGUCGGCAAGGGCCAGGACGGGUACGGCUGGCUGCCGGCGCAGCACGCUCAGCUCGCCGGCGAGGCCGAGCGGCACGACAGCGCGGUGCGCCAGCGGCUGGACGAGGAGAGAGCCCUGCUCGCCGCCGAGGAGAGGCGCUGGGAGGUGGCGCACAGGGCCCUGCUGAAGUCUGCGCAGAAGGAGGCCCCGCGCUUGCCGCCGGCCCCGCCGCGGCCCUCCCGGGACGUGGCGGCGCCCGCCCUGGCGCCGACGGUGCCGGCGCUGGCGGAGGUGGCUCCGCCGGCGUCCAGCUCGGGGGCGGUGCCCGUCCCGGCGCCCACGGUGCCAGCCCUGGCGGCGCAUCUCGGGGCCGCGCCCGUGCUGGCCCCGACGGUGCCUGCGCUGACGGAGGUGGCGGCGGCGGAGCCGAUGCCCGAGCAGGCGGCGCCUGCCCUGGCGCCGAUGUUCCCUCCCGCGGAGGCGCCCGAGGUGGCGCCGCCCGCGGCUGCUCAGGCACGGCGGCAGGACGACUCGGCUUUCGUCACUGCUGGCGGUGUCCCAGCGGCUUCGGUGGGCGGCGGCGGCGGGGACGGUGAGCUCGAGGAGCAGGCAGAGGAUGACCCAAGCGCGGUCACCCUGUCCCUGGCGCCUGGGAGGCACGGGAUCAUCUACGACCCAGAGACUGGCCUGGUGUACAGAGUGGUCGAAGGCAGGCAGGGCUUUGACCUCGGCGUGCAGCCCGGGUGGUACGUCAACGGCAUCGAUGGCAGGGCGGUUGACGGAGACAGCGUCAAUGCCGCGCUGACGGCCCGACAGGCGGGGUCCAAGCCGUACCAGGUGUCUUUUCGGAGGGACGCCGUGGAGCUCUCGAUGACCCUGCCAGGUCUGGACUACGGCAGGCUGAGCCAGGAUUCGACUCGGUAGGAUCGAAAUGGGUAUUAGUGAUUGCAGCGAGAAUGAGGACAAAGAACGGCAGCACAUUUCGUCCAUCUUGAGCAGGACUCGCUGUCGGUGCCGCCACGGACUGUGUCACUUGAGAUAACAAGUCACCUGCCCAACAGCGGCUGCUGCCGGAUUGGGACAACAUCUGUUGCUGUGUAUCGUGCCCAUUUUUCCUCUGUGCUCAUCUCGGACGUGCCAAUCGAGCCACAAUUCAUCAGCCA